AUGUCGGAAGACGCCCACCAAACUCGGCAUCAGCACAAGAAGCUUCGCAUCCUCAGCAGCCCGCACAUACGUCGGGCAAACAAACCAGAUGGAGAUGUGAGGCAUGCUCAAACUCGGCAUUCCAUCGACGACAGCCGCAACUCGUCCGACGACGAGGACCGUCAAUUCCAUGGAGAAGAUCUUCCCCAGUUCCAACGGUACGAGGAACCAACGUUGCUGGAAAUUUUUUAUGAUCUUUUCUUUGCUGCCAACUACAAUGUCUUCUCCGAUACGCAACAAGUCACCGGCCACAGCAAGUUCAAAGCAUCGGUUGGCUAUUUCUGCUUGCUAUGGUUAACCUGGUUUCAGGUCGCAAUGUUUGAUGUGCGCUAUGUCACCGACAGCAUCUUUUCUCGACUUACCAGGGCCAUUCAACUUGGUGUGCUUGUAGGCUUUGUUGUUGUUGCGCCAAAGUUCAAUCCAAACGACCAAGACCUUGACACGAUGCGCGCUAUGUCGCUCAUUCUCUGCGUCUCACGAGCAUGCCUAGCAGUUGAAUACGCAUCGACGCUAUGGCACGUAAGAAGAUACAAAAAGAUGCACAAGGUUCUGCAUCUGCAGAUAGCGGUUCAUGCUGCCGCGUCAGCCGUCUAUCUAGGCAUCACUUUCCGCUUCUCGAGCGGAAAACAAAGUCGUGUGUUUAUGGCGUGGUAUUUCAUUGCAGGUGCCGAAGCUAUUGCGACCGUCUUUAUCUCGAAUCUAUCCCCGGCCGCUAGUCUCACCCCUACUCAUAUGAUGAGGCGUAUGUCACUUUUGACUGUUAUGUUCUUAGGUGAAGGCAUUCAGCAAUUGGCCAGAGAAGUCGUAACAAUUGUCAAAAACCCAGGUGCCUGGGAUUCUUUGACCAUUAGCCUGUUAACAGCGGCGGUAACCACGAUGUACUUGGUGUUCUUGGUCUACUUUGACUGGUUAAGGUCGUCUUUCUAUCUCCCAGCUCUUCGUCAACAAAUUUGGACAUGCCUUCACCUACCAUUCCAUCUCUCCGUUGUCUUAUUCAUGCAAGGGUUCACGCAGUUUCUCUUGUGGUCCAAGAUUGUCAGCCAGAUAAACCGCAUCGGCAUUAUUGCAGACCCGGCUGAUGAUGCUCGCGCCUUGACGAGCGAAGCCGUUCAAAAUUCCUUGAAUAGCUCAGUUCAGAGCUUUUUCAGCGACUACCCACCAAAAAUUUUAAGCUCACUGGACACUGUCAACGAGGCACUAAAGAACAUUACCCAAAUACCUGACUCAAUUUGGCCCGCGGUUGCAAACCAGACAGUUGACUCUGAUGCUGAUCUCUCUCCGGAUAUGCGAAGAGCUUUCGAAACGCUGGGUAACACUGUUGUCACAAUAUAUUUCACAAUGGCAAAUGCUCUAUAUGGUGCAUUUGGCAUCAAUCUGGACGAUGACAUCUCCAAAAAAGACCCCGCAGCAGCGAAGAACAUAAAAGAUGGGGGAUACCAGGUUUUAGUGCAAGACAAAACAUGGCGACGGUACAGAUUAGUGUUUGCUUAUGGCUACAUUGCUGCCGGCUGCACCAUUAUUUUCAUGAUCAUGCUAACUAUUGUUGCGCGGACAACGCAAUUCAAACUGUGGCCCAUCUUGCGCCUCAUAAUUAUAUUCCUCUUGGCGAUAGGUACCAGCCUAGUUGCGACUCUAUGGUUCAACGAGGAGAGAGUUGACUACUUCUUGAACUCACCAUGGGUGAUGCCAACCAUCACGCUCGUCUGGGUGACGAUUGCGAUCCUGACACACAUAAACGGUCAGGGAAUCAAGCGCAAUAAAGCCCGAUUUAAGCGUCGUCGAACUGAAAAUUCAUCGCACAACGAACGCGACCUGCCAUUGACAUCCCCUUCGCAGUGGGGUUAUAAGCAGCAACAUCAGGAUGACGAUAACGGAAUCUCAGAAACUCGGCGGCGGACACACAGUAUUUCGUCUGUUGAGCGAGACGCACAGAAUAAGAAAUACGAUAUGACGUGA